GAGAGAGAGAGAGAGAGAGAGAGAGAGAGAGAAAGAAAAGAUGACUCUGAAUUUGACUCUACUCAUUCUUGUUGCUGGUUUAAUCCAGGGCCACUGCAGGCCCCAGGGUUACAAGCAUAAACCACUUGAAGAAAUAUCCAAAGAGAUUUCAAAUUAUGCUGACAUUGCCCAGAAAAUCAUAGAACUGGCAGUGUACGGGAAGGCUCAGAACCGUUCAUAUGAACGGCUUGCCGCCUUCACUGAUACAAUUGGCCACAGGCUAAGUGGAUCCAAGAACCUGGACCUGGCUAUAAAUUAUAUGUACAAUGCUCUGAAACUGAACGGACUGGAGAAUGUGCAUCUAGAACCGGUGAAGGUGCCUCACUGGGUGAGAGGAGAGGAGAGUGCAGUGAUGCUUCUUCCACGAAACCACACCAUGUCCAUUCUUGGAUUGGGCAGUAGUGUUGGAACUCCCAAAGGAGGUAUUGAAGCAGAAGUGCUGGUGGUGGAGUCUUUUGAUGAGCUGAAGAGAAGGGCUAAUGAGGCUAAGGGGAAGAUUGUGGUAUAUAAUCAGCCUUUUGUUAGCUAUAGUGAGACAGUUGUGUACCGCGCCUCAGGAGCUUCCGAGGCUGCUAGAGUCGGAGCGGUGGCUUCACUAAUUCGCUCCAUCACUCCGUUUUCCAUUGACAGCCCCCACACUGGCUGGCAGUGGUAUCAGCCUGGUGUGCCUCAGAUCCCCACAGCAUGUAUCACAGUGGAGGAUGCCCAGAUGAUGGCUAGGAUGGCCCGCAGAGGCACGAGGAUUGUGUUGCAGCUGACCAUGGGGGCAAAGACCCUGCCAGAUGCAAACUCCUUUAACACAGUGGCUGAGAUCACGGGCAGUGAGCAUCCAGAGCAGGUCGUUUUGCUAAGUGGUCAUCUGGACAGUUGGGAUGUGGGACAGGGGGCUAUGGAUGAUGGAGGUGGAGUUGCUAUUUCCUGGGAAGCCUUGUCUCUGAUCAAAGAUCUGGGGCUACGCCCAAAGAGAACACUCAGGACAGUGCUGUGGUCUGCUGAGGAAGCAGGGGGAGUGGGAGCUGCACAGUACUACGAACAACACAAAGGAAACAUUUCAAACUUUGACCUGGUGAUGGAGUCAGAUCUGGGCACAUUUGCACCCAUGGGCCUACAGUUCACUGGCAGUGACAAAGCUAGGGCUAUCAUGAAGGAAGUAAUGAAACUGCUGACAUCAAUCAAUGUCACAUCUCUGGAGGAGCAUGGAGAAGGAACUGACAUUAACAUGUGGAUGAAAUCUGGUGUACCAGGUGCUAGCCUGCAUACAGCAGACAGCAAGUACUUCUGGUUCCACCACACUCAAGGUGACACAAUGACAGUCCAGGACCCAGCAGAGAUGAACUUGUGCUCAGCUGUGUGGGCUGUGGUGGCUUAUGUUGUGGCAGACCUUGAUGAGAUGCUCCCCAGAUAGCACACUGUUUCCAGAUCUAUACCAGACCCACCCCAACAGCCUCAAUAUAGAGUCUGAUUGGAGAGAGUUUGAUCAACGUAGGCCAAUGUGUUGAGAAACUGCAGUAAAUUUCAACAAAUAUUCAUCAGGCAUUUACCACUAUUCAGUCUGAGAUUUAUUGUAACUUUCUACUAGACAAAUUGCAACCAUCAUACUGUAAUAUACUGUAUUUGUGAAUUAAGCUUAUAAAUAAUGUAUAAAUAAUGUUAGUGUGUUAAAUCUUUGUUCACUCAUGAACCUCACCAGUCAGCAACCUUCUUCAUUUAUUGUGCUGUGUUUCAGUAUUUUCUCUGGGCUGUACUAUAUUUGUAGUGACACAGCAUUAACUGAAUAAAGUUUAGUCUAAGUUCAUGAAAGCAUCGGAGCCCAAAGAUCAUCGUGAAAUGUUUAUGCAACUAUAACUUUGUACAUUCUUAACAUUCUAAACACAUGAUCUAAACACUAAUGCUGAGAGGCUUCACAACCAGUGAUACACUUCCUUUUCUCUGAAAACAGAAGUAGAUGUGUAAGAUUGUAUUCACACUGGGCUGUAUAGAAAAAGUGCUGCCUGAAGUAUUUCUUGUGCUCAUAAGAAAAAGGAAAUUAUAGCCAUGACGAUACUGUUUCCACCAAAUUCUGCCUUGUAUGCAGUUGUACCAGCUGUGAGGGUAGAGUGAACGUUGUUGGUGUGUUGCUCAGUGUCAUCACAGCAACAACCAUUAGUGGUUAUUGGCUGACGUCUCCUUAUUUAUGUUAAAGGCUAGGUUGACAGGAAUGAAUGAAAUGAACAAAUUCAAUCCUUGAAUUAAAUCACACUGUCUGAUUUGCCCUUCUGUCUGUCUAGCUAGCCAACCACUGACAAUACACAAAACAGCAUGCUAUUAUACUAUACAUAUUAUACAGAUAGAUGAAUGGACUUGUAAUAGUGGCAUAGUAGUUUUGAUGUACCAAUUAGUGUGGCAGUACAUGGUUUUGGACACAGCAUAUGUGUUACUGAAAUGUCUACCGAACAGCAGAAACUAUGUUGUGACAGUGAAUUGUAAUUUUGUGCUUUUGUACCUUUCUACCAGAUAGGUGCUGUAGUCCUUCAUUACCCAACAUGCAACAUUCCACACUUAAUACUGUGUGUUUAUGUUUUCGAUUCAGUUUAUUUCUUUAGCUCUUUUUAACAAUUUUAACAAUGCAGGCCCCUGAUGAGCAAGCUGAGGCCAAGAGUGGCAGGGAAAACCCUGAGAGGAACCAAAACUUACUUUCUUCUUUCAAACCCCUCUUUGUUUCUCUGGACUGCACUGGGUACGCAGUAAACCCUGAUACAUUCAGUUUACUCAAAACUUGGUGGUUUUUAAGUAAAAGUAAAAACUAGCAUACCUUCUAGCAUCUAUCACAUAGACUAUAUAAACAUUUUCUCAUUAUCUGUAUUUUGUUGAUUUUCAAAUAUGUAAUGAUCACAAUUUCAGACAUAAAGGAAAGCUGUUUCAGUAA